UUGCUCUCCUAACAUUUGCACUGUCGGGAGCUUUACUCUGUAUCAUUGAACUUUGCCAACACAAGUGGCUACAAAGUUAGCAUUGAAGCCUGAAGCUUAUACUCUCAAUGUGUAUUCAUGGGAGGUAAGAAUAAACAACGUACUAAAGGAAAUGUCCGGCCGUCCAGCAGCGGCCGAGCUGCCGAGGUCCUUACCCGGGAGGGAGGUGUCAUCCCUGGCUUUGUGGGUUUUGACACAGCGCUGACUUCAGAGCUGAGUUAUGUCCCUGCGGUCCACGGGGCAGAGGAGAUAGACAACCUGGUGGAUGCUGACUUCCGCCUGGUGCUCAGGAAACUCUCCAAGAGGGAUGGUGUCACCAGACUUAAAGCUGUGCAGGACUUUGGGUCCAUGUGUCAGGAACGGGAUGCUGAAGAGGUGAAAGGGGUGCUGCCAUACUGGCCGAGAAUCUACUGCAAGAUAUCAGUGGAUCAUGACCGCAGAAUCAGGGAGGCGACCCAGCAGGCCUUCGAGCAGCUGGUGCUGAAAGUGCGCCGCAGUUUGGCCCCCUUCCUGAAGAGCUUGAUGGGCCACUGGAUUCUGUCCCAGUGUGACCCUUACACACCUGCAGCCUCUGCUGCCUGCCAGGCCUUCCAUGCUGCUUUCUCCCCCGCCAAACAACCCGAGGCUCUCAGCUUCUGCAAAGAGGAGAUCCUUAAUGUACUUCAAGAUGUGCUGUUAAAGGAAACAGCUGACACACUGAGCGAUCCACAAAGUGUGACGGGGGAGGAGAGAGAAGCUAAAUAUGUGCGCAUGCUGACCAGCUCUCUAUUGGGGGUGAAGAGACUUCUAUCUCUGCUGCUCCCUGACGACAGGACGGCCCUCGAGCAGAGACUAGCAAAUCUUAUUGGCUCUGCGAAGUUCUGGAAGUACAGCAAACACAAGACGCCACAGGUGCGAGGUGCCUUUUUCGAGAUGGUGUGCGCUCUGUGUGAGUUCACUCCAGCACUCGUCCAGGCGGAAGCAGCACGACUCUGCCCUGCUGUUCUCCUCAGCAUUGACGACACCGAUCCCGUAGUGCUGCCCCCCGUGUGGGAAGCUGUCCUUCACGUCGUGUCUACCAUUCCUGAUUGUUGGACACAUGUAAACGCCAAGAAGGGCUUCUUACCCAAACUGUGGGCUCUGUUAAAAGAGGGCGGUAAAGGCCUGGCGAAAGCUCUCCACCCGAAUCUGAUGCCGCUUCUCAGCAAGCUGCCCAGGGACAUCACUGAUCCAACUCUGGACUUCUACACCACCUUCUUCAGUUCAUUCAUGCAAGGUCUGUCCAGUGAGCGUGCGUCCACGAGCCCGUCAGAGAGUGCCGUUAUAGUGACCUCUCUUGUGGAGUGCCUGAGGUACUGCAUUUUGCACAACACAGAAGAAGAAGCUGAGCACCAAAAAAUACGCACCAUGCUUAUUUCACAGCAGCUCCUCCCACUGUUGGAGAAGGCUCUCGGUAACCCCUCCCUUCAGGCCGGUCCUCUGUUCCUCCUGGUCACGGAACUGCUCGUCUCCUGGGAGAAACGAGCAGGUCUACAUGGGGAGGAUGAAGCAAAUGACGGCAAGCAUGUCUUCAAAGGGCUCCUGGCAGACUUCUGGGAGGGUCUCGGUCUGAUGUUUGUGCGUCAUGUGGACAAUGAAGAGGCGGAUCCACAGGCUUUGGAAGGGGUAGCCACCCUGCUGCAGGUAAUGCGAUACCCCGACAGAGUAAAGAGAAGGAACAUCCAGAAGAAGAAAUCCGUCAAGAUCUGUUUCUCUAAGCCAGACGACAACGAGAAAACUGGAGUGGACGGGGAUGCUGUGGAGCGGCCUGUGCAGUUAGAGUCUGAGCUCGUGAAUGAGAGGGUCUGCUCCCCACAGACUCAGCAUUUUGAGGAUGUGGUGUGCCAGCUGGCACAGCUGUGUCUGGUGCAUGUCAAUGAGAAGAAGUCUGAAAAACAUCUUGUUUUUCUCUCCCUUCUCCUGCGCUCUUUCCACACUCCCAGGGUCUUCAGUACGUUGAUCGACGUGGAUGAUAAAAUAAAGGAGUCUGAGGGGACUGUUAAAAAUCCAGCGACGCAGUUCCUGCUGGAGCAGGUUGUGCUGUGGCUGGCUGAGAAGGGACGCAGGGACACUGAGCACCUGGUGGAGAUGGUCUUCAGCUCUCUGUACUGCUGCAGCUCGCAGGAGACCACCCGCAUCCUCAACCACAUCACCACGAUGGAUUUACAGUGGGCGAUCAUCCUGCAAAUCAUCCAGAGGGCAUGUGCAGACUCUGAGACUCUUAAGAGCUGCAGAGAUUGGCUGAAGGGUUCAGUUCUGGGCGAGCGGCUCCUGGGAUUGACCGAGGAGCUCUGCGAGGUUGGCAGCAGCUCUCCCAGUUGUGCUUCUUCUGCAAGCGGCCACAGUUGGACGCUUAUCAGCCUGGUGCUCUCUCAGCACCACAACAAUGAGCCGCUGAUAGGUGAGGUAUAUAUGGAGAAGAUUUUAGAGAAGCUCCACGCCACUCUGUCCGAGGCAAAGAGUCUGUCAGACGCAGGCAACAUGGAGCCGCUCAUCUCCUUCAUCUGUGACGUGGCCUCCACCUUCUUCUCCUCCGUACAAGACUGUCUGCUGCUCCGCUCUGCAGAGGAACUCCUCUUCACUGUCUUCCAGUUCACCGCCAAAGACCAAACACGCACUCAUCUGUCCGACUCACUUUUAGGGAAGCUGAAGAGAGUGUGUGUAGCUGGUGUCCAGUCUCUCACCCAACAACCUGAUUAUGAGUUUGAAGAAGGGGUUUUUCUGCAGAAUGCAGCUCUUUGGGUGGCAAGCCAAUCCCUCACUGUCUCCAGCAUCAAAAGUUUACAGGUCCUGGUCCUGGCUGUGCAGAGCUUGGUGGAGGCAAUGAUGUCUGUCUGCAGUCGAGACUCCCCUCUUCUCUCUCAGUUCUUCACUGCGCUCACACCCAGCCAGACAGAAUGGACAAGAAUUAGACAAGCAUUACCCCCACAGUGGGUCAAAACCCCGUUACUGUCCGACCGGUACCGAGGAGUUCUGGAAAAACCCUCCAUGGACAUGUGGAAGUCUAAGAUGUCCACCAAGCUGCCAGCCCACCUCUGCGUGUGUGCCUUGCUGGGGAAGGUUGCCAGAACUGUUGCAUUCACCACUGGUGACCAUAAAGAAGCAGACUGCUCUUCAAACCUGCCAAACCUGAAGUACACAGUUUCAGAGCUGUUGUUUGCGCUGCAGUGGUGUAAAGAGGUGGAGUACAGCCCUGCGGUCGUGUCUGCCUGCCACAGCCUGCUGACUGACUGGGGGCUGGCAGAGGGGCUCCACAGUCUUGUUCCAGUCAAAGAUCUACUGGAGGUCCUUUACUCGAGGUCAGUGGAGGAUGGAGGUCUGUGGUCUCUGACUCUGGAGAACUACAUCAACACCAUUAAUCUGGCAUCAACUCACAGCACCGCCAUUAAGAAGCUGUACGGCAGUGCAGACAGUUUGUUCCCAGUGUCUCAGAGCAAACUGAGCACGCUCCAGGUGCUCUGCCCCACCAUGACCAGAGAGGACAAAGAGACUCUCAUCACUCUAGCUACUGCUGGAAUAAUCAACUGGGAAGAGAAUAACGAUGUGUACGGGUGUCUGGCAGUGCUGAUGUGCUGUCUUAAAACUAACUCACAAGUAGAAGAGGAGGUUGUUCCGGCUAUCCUCGCUACUGUGAUGGAGUGGAGGAACAAUAAGGAGGACUGGUUCCUCUUUGGCAGCGAUCUGUCUAAAGCGACCGCAGAGCAGCUGAACCUCACCGUGGAGAUGAUGCGUUUCCUGUCCUGGCUGGUGACUCAUUGUCCCACAGUUUUGGGGGGCAGCCAGUGGGACUUCUUGCUGUGCUCCAUGUUAGCCUGGCUGGAGACUUCCAGUGAAAAUGUGAGCAGUCUCUGGAACCCAUGGGUGCAGCUCUUUGUGUGUGAGAACGCAGCAUUGAUAGUGGCGCUGAACCACUUCUUUACAUCAUCUUCCCCUGAUGCGCUGGAGAAGCUGCCGGCAGAACUGACCGGCGAAUGGACCGACUUCUUUGUUGAAGGAAUCUACAAUCUGCUGCUGCCUCUGCCCAUCAACAUCACAGAAACCUUCACCGAACCCGACGACCCCGUGUUUCCUUUGGCGGUGCUGCAGUCAGUUGGUGCAGCUCUGACUUACGUCCCCGUGCAGCAACUAACAAAGAACUCACUGCCACCGAAGUUCAUAGCAGACCAGAAAACAAACCUGCCGGAGGCCCUCCAGACGCUCCUGAACACCUUGUGUCCUCUGCUGCUGUUUAAAGCCAGGCCCCUGCAGAUCACCGUCUACCACCUGUUAGAAAAGGUGAUGCCUCAGCUGCCAGAGUGCGAUGGAGAAGGAGACACGAGCAAGUCUGAUGAUGACAGAGAUGAGCCGUGUCUUUCUCCUCCAGCGUCUCUCAUGGCCAUCCUGUCCACCUGUGAGGAGCUGUGUGACAGCAUCUUGGCAGGGCUUCAAGUAGGAGAGUUUGCAGUGGUUCAGCCGCUGAGUGUUGAGUACUCCUGCAUCCUGGGAUACCUGCUGGCCUGGAAGUUACUCCUCACGUUUUUCAAAUCCUCCCCCUCACAUCUGCGUGCCCAUUAUGCCCAAUAUCUGAAGAGAAGCUGCUCCCUCAGCAAGCUCCUCCUCCACCUCUUCAAACUGAUGCCUGAGACCCCCAUCUGUGCAGGCCAGGGGGCAGAGACAAAGGAGUUCAAAACUCUCUUUACAGAGAACCUGUCUUUGGCUGUGGACAAGAGCAAGAGUGUGGAAUGGGAGCUCCCGCAUCUGGCCUGCAGUGUUUACUACAGCACGUUGCAGGACCUGCCUGCCAUGGUGCGGCUGUGGUGGAACAGUCAGGAGAAGAGAGUGAGCGCAGCUGUGGAGAAAUUCACAACCAAAUAUGUGAGCCCUGUCCUCUCAGCACAGGAGAUCUCAUCCGUCCACUCCAGCACUCAGAUGUUUGAAAACAUGACGGUGAAAGCUCGCUCAGCAGCACGGGAGGUGAUUGCUACCUAUUCUGUGGAUGAUAUCUUCAUCGAGUUAGUGAUCACGCUGCCACAGAAUCAUCCUUUAGGCUCUAUCACUGUUGAGAGUGGGCAGCGCGUGGGCGUCGCCGUGCAGCAGUGGAGGAACUGGAUGCUGCAACUGAGCACAUACCUCACACAUCAGAACGGCAGUAUAAUGGAGGGCCUGGCUCUGUGGAAGAACAACGUGGAUAAGCGCUUCGAGGGAAUAGAGGAUUGCAUGAUCUGCUUCUCGGUUAUCCAUGGCUCCAACUACUCUCUACCCAAGAAGGCCUGCCGCACCUGCAAGAAGAAAUUCCACUCAGCAUGUCUGUAUAAAUGGUUCACCUCCAGCAACAAGUCCACCUGUCCGCUGUGCAGAGAGACCUUCUUUUAACAGACCACAACAAACAAGCAUUAAAGAAGUUGUAAAUACAACAACAUGGUAAUUAAGGAACUCAUUUAAUGCUGAUGAGACUCAUAGUUGGAGUGAUUUUAUAAGCGGGCUACGGUUUCUUUAAAGUAAUGCUUUACUCUACUGUAAAUUUGCAGCAUCAGUAGCUCCAUUCAGAUUUGUUUCUGUGAUUAAUGAGUUUGUAUCCAUUUCUUUUUUAUUUUUCAAAUCAUUUGAAAUGUGCAGGUGUUUCAAAUAAGCCAGGAUUAAAAACUGAAGCUGCAUCUGUCAGCACGUUUUUAAUGACUCGACUUAAAAUCUAUUAAAGAUGGUCUUAUUAGGCCCUUGUCAGGUUUCAUCAAAUGUUCCUAAUAUUUAGGAGUGUAAAGACUUUGACUAAAUGAUCGCAUGCUCAUACCGAUAUGAAAGAGUGAGGUCACCUUUUCAAAGCUGGAGAGGAAACUUUUAAAAAGGAUAUACGCUCACAAAUAUCCCAACCUUUUGAUUUGUAUCUUCCCUGUUGUGCCUGCAUACAGCUGUAAAUGAUGCUGAAAGUAAAUAAAGUACAUCUACAUCAAU